AUGGAAGCAGACCAAACGCGAGGCGAGGCAGGGCUGCCUUGUGCAGUCAGCGCGGCCAAGCGGAAGCGAGACGACGAAGCGGAGGAAGUGCCACAGCAGCACAAGGCUCCCAAGAAAAAGCUUUCCAAGCGGGAGCGCCGGGAGCUGCGCCACAAGCAUCAAAAGGCGCUGCCGCUCCGGCCCAGCGACGCCGCAGACCAGGCCCCUGUGGUGGUUGCUGCAGCGGCGGAACGUGACCAACCUCCCUACAUCAUCGACUCCGACAAAGGGCUGCGAAGAGUGGGGCUGUACCACUACGAGUUCAAGACGCAUGCCAAGGGGCGAUGGGUGGGCCGCACCGUGCUCGACGUCUUCGCCAAGGAGUUCUCGGCCCACUCCCUGGCCUACUAUCACGAGGCGCUCAAGGACGGGCGCAUCAGACUCAAUGGCCAGAUCGUGGACGAGGGCGCGGUGGUGCAGGAGCACGACGUGCUCUCGCACCUCAUCCACCGACACGAACCGCCGGUCACAUCGGCGCCCAUCAGGAUCGUCCACCAGUCGGACGAACUAGUGGUCAUCGACAAACCCGCCAGCAUUCCCCUAAGCCUGAGUGUGGGCGGCGGGGGCGGCGACGGUCAGCGGUGCACCGGCUGGACAGGCUGA